GAUCGGGAGGGGCUCGGGGGCGCAGCGGGUCCUCCUCGCCGCCAGGGGCCGCUGUGGCGCGGCGGCGGCGGCGGCUCUUCCGUGGCGGCGGCGGGCGGGCGAUGGCGGCGCAGUUCCGCAGCUACGUGUGGGACCCCGCGCUGAUCGUGGCGCAGAUGGUGCUGCUGCAGGCGGGGUACUACAGCUCGCUCGGGCUCUGGCUCGCCCUCCUCGGCACGCUGGGCAGCACCGGGCCCUCCCUCCAGCAGGUGUUCAGCGACGAGUGCUCUGGGCUUGCUCUACUUCAUCCGCCGAGGGAAGCAGUGCCUGGAUUUCACCGUCACCGUCCACUUCUUCCACCUCCUGGGCUGCUGGAUCUACAACUCGCGCUUCCCCUCGACGCUGACGUGGUGGCUGGUGCACAUCGUGUGCACGGCGCUGAUGGCGGCCAUCGGGGAGUACCUGUGCAUGAGGAUAGAGCUGCGGGAGAUCCCCCUCAACUCCGCGCCCAAAUCCAACGUAUAGACUGCCUCUGGCAACCGCGUGCUGCCUUCGGUCAUUGUCCCCAGCACAAUGCGUCCAAUGCCUCAGAAUCACCCCUCAAGAAGCACAGCAGGUCUGUUCAGACUUUAUGGUUUGGUUUUUUUUUUCCUUUGGACCUCGGUGACUGCAUGAGUGUGAGCGUGUCCUCUGGCGUCGGCUGACAGCAGGGAGGAGCAGAUGUUUAUUUUGUUAACACAAAGUAUUAAUAUGACUGGAUGGAGUGCGCCCUUAAACUCUUCACUCGUGAGACUGUUGAAAGCCAGGUAGCAAAACUUGGUGUGCGAGGAGCAUUUGGAAUUUAACGAUGUGGGAGUGCCCUGAAUGGGUAACACAAUGGUCAGCUCUUCUUGCUGGAGCUGGCACGGUGAGCAGUGGGGCUGGGAGCUGCUGCUUCCAAACUGUGACUUCUUUGGGCUUUGCCUGGGAAAGAGUCAAGGAAGUGAAUGGAUGGGGAGAAAGGAAAGACAUUUACUUACCUGAAUCACCAGCUGAGACACUAAAUAAUAACCUGUAACGUUAGAUGGGUUUGUUUGCUGUUUCCAUGUUUGAUACAUAGAGGUGACAGACAGCAGUUUGCUGAAGAAAUCUUUUGUAAUAAUAAAAAUAUAAUGUUGCUGUGAGUGUUACGGCUCUCCUGGGAAGCUGAGCACUUCAAGAAAUACCAUGAGUGUCUGUAUCAUGGCAACAGAAGGAUGCAGCCAGAGAACACUUGGCUGUGGGGUGCCCACUGUCUGGGGCACAUAAAAUUUCCUACAAUAAACAUUUCAUACCUCUGCUCUGA